CUUUGUUUUGCACACGGCACGUCAAUGUAUGAUUGGCAAUCCCAACCAAUACGCGUUCUUUCUGAUCCAAGACUUCUUCCAGAUUUGGUGCUGAUACGUUCAUACAUAUACAAAGAAGGUGACAAGAUGGCGGCUACAAUGCAGGGUCUCCAGUGGAAUGCUACAGCAGAUAAGCUGUCUUUGAUUGAACUGGACAAGCCUAAAGCCGGGUCUGGGGAAGUGGUCAUAAAGGUGGCCUAUGCCGGGGUGUGCGGUACAGAUCUCCAUAUCAUCGCGAAGGAGUUUGCGGCGGCUGAGAAGGUCAUCUUAGGACACGAGUUCGCGGGAGUCAUUACAGAGGUCGGCGAGGGGGUGAAGGACUUCCAGUUGGGAGACAGGGUGUGUGUGGACCCGAACAAGGGCUGCGCCGGGUGCCGGUACUGUGCAUCGGGGACGCCCAACUACUGCAGCACAGGGCUGACGACCUACACUGUUGGUCUCCGUAAGAACGGCGGCUUCGCCAACUACUGCGUGGUGCCGACCGAGCAGGUGUACCGCCUACCGGAGGAGCUGACACUGCAGCACGGCGCCCUGUGUGAGCCGCUGUCCUGUCUGAUGCGCGGGUGGGACAACCUGGGCAGUCCGCCCGCCGACUCCCGCAUCCUGGUCCUCGGGGCUGGAAUCAUUGGCGUUUUGUGGUCAUCCAUCUUCCACUACAAGGGUUACCGAGACGUGACAGUCAGUGAGCCGGCUGACGGCAGGCGCAAGCUGAUUGGUGAACUUGAAUUGGGAUACAAGGCUGUUCACCCUGACGAGCUGAAGUCACGUUUUGAUGGGGCUGAUGUGGAAGACGUGGGGUAUGACGUCAUCGUGGACUGCAGUGGCUUCCCACCAGCCAUCGAGCAAGCCUUCAACUGGCUCCGUUCCGGAGCGACAUUCCUCCAGUUCGGCUGCUGCCCCUCCAACUCCAAGAUCACCAUCAACCCCUUCAUGAUCUACCAGAAGGAGUUGAAGAUCAUUGGUUGUCUCAUCAACCCCUUCACCAUGCCGAAAGCUGUGGGGGGUCUGGCGCGUGGCAUGGCGGGAAGCUACCUGAAGGACUUCUCCCGACUGGGCAUUAAGAUGUUCCGUCUGCAGGAGUACCAGGAGGCCAUCGCGCAGCUCAAGAAGGGGGAAAUCUCCAAGGCCAUGUUUGAGUUUGAAAAUUGAGACAUUUAAUCCCGUAAAACGUCUCAAAAUAUGCAUGUAUCUGGGGCUGACAAAUAUAUCGAAGGAGACGUGGUUCGAAGACUAGAUAAGGCGUUUUGCGCUUUCAACAUUUCCAUGUCUCAUUACAUAAGGAAACGUGGAGUAGAAUUCUUAGUUAUACUGUGGCAGAAAAUUAAAGCUUACUGGUUUAGCUGGUA